GGCCGGCUCUCUCCUUCUCCUGCCGCAAAACACCCGCGGGAAACGAAACCGAAAGGCCGGGGCCGACGACGAGAGCCCCGCUUCGUCUCCCCUGAGGAGCCCGUUCCGCCCCUCGGCCCCCACGCCGCCUCCAUUUCAGUCAACGGGGCCCGGUACCGGCCCGCCCGCCCCGGGUCUGAGGCGAGGGCGGCCACAGCGCGGCCCGGGGCCUCGCCCCUCCUCCGGCCGCCCGCCCGCCCGCCCGCAGGUGAGGCCGGCCCCGGGGCGGUGCUGCCGCGGCCCGCCCGCCUCGGCUCGGCCCGGCCGGGAGAAGCACCUGUGGUGCCCGUGAGCCUCUGCCGCCGCCAGACAGGAAGUGUGAAUGAAUUGGCUCUAGAGCCAAAUGAUCCUUAUCUGCCCUUGGGAUAACUUACUGAGGAUUUUAAAGUCAGAUGGUGAGAAAAAUUUACACAGAUGUGUAAGAAGCCUCAUGAAAGCCUACAGAAGCCUGACUAAAUCUAUGAAAAAAGGAGAGGAAUCAUUAGAAGUCAUAUACCAAAGACUGGAUGAAAAAGCAAUAAUACUUUACUCCCAAAUGACACUUUUCAACUGAAGCUCAUAAAGAGCUCUGAUACGAUACCAUUGCUGACACUGAAUAGUACGCUUCUCCUCGAGGAGUCCUAUUUUUUCACUGAGUAUCUACCAGGGUUGACCCAAGGACCAUUUCAUCCUGCAACAAUCAGUUAGCAAGAUCUGCACAGACUUGUUCCUAAGGGGAAACAUGUCUGAGAUUGACUAUGAGAAGUUAGCUGAAAUAGAACUGCGGAAGGAUGAAGUGGAAGAUACACAGUCAGAACAGGAAGAAACAUUUCUGCCUCCACCACUUGAGGAUCCUGAGCUAAAUAUCAAUCACCCCUACUAUGAUGUUGCGAGACAUGGCAUCAUCCAGUUAGCAGGUGAUGACAAUUCUGGAAGGAAGGUGAUUACCUUCAGUUGCUGCCGUAUGCCCCCCUCCCAUCAGCUCAAUCACACCAGAUUGCUGGAGUACUUAAAGUAUACUCUGGACCAGUACGUAGAGAAUGAUUAUACGGUUGUCUACUUUCACUAUGGCCUGAAGAGUCUGAAUAAACCAUCUCUGAAAUGGUUACAAACAGCCUACAAAGAAUUUGACAGGAAGUAUAAGAAAAACCUUAAAGCGCUUUAUGUUGUACAUCCAACCAACUUCAUAAAAAUUCUGUGGAAUAUCUUUAAACCUCUUAUAAGCCAUAAGUUUGGGAAAAAAAUCACCUACUUGAACUAUUUAAGUGACCUGAGAGAGCAUCUCAAAUACGACCAGCUAAAUAUCCCUCAAGAAGUCAUCCGGCAUGAUGAAAAUCUUCGGGGGAAACAGAAGGGAAAACCACCACCUGUGGUUAAGGUUCCUCCACCACGGCCACCUCUACCUACCCAGCAAUUUGGAGUCAGCCUACAAUAUAUCAAGGACAAAAAUAAAGGUGAACUAAUCCCUCCAGUAGUGAAGGAAACUGUAUCCUACCUAAAAAGAAAAGGACUACAAGUAGAGGGCCUCUUCAGAAGGUCAGCCAGCAUCCAGACUAUCAAAGAUGUUCAGAAACUCUACAAUCAGGGCAAGUCUGUGAAUUUUGAUGAUUAUCAUGAUAUCCAUAUUCCUGCUGUUAUCCUAAAGACUUUCCUUAGGGAACUCCCUCAGCCAUUACUAACGUUUGAGUGUUAUGAUCAUAUCCUUGGAAUCACCAGUGUGGAGAGCAGUUUACGAGUCACCAGAUGUAAACAAAUCAUUCAAGGACUUCCUGAACACAAUUACGUUGUUCUGAAAUAUCUGAUAUGCUUUCUCCAUAUGGUUUCACAGGAGAGCAUAUAUAACAGAAUGACAGCAUCCAGCCUGGCCUGUGUCUUUGGUUUGAAUUUGAGCUGGCCAUCAAAAGGAACAGCCUCCCUGAGUGCUCUGGUACCUCUGAAUCUCUUCACUGAACUACUGAUAGAUUUCUACACGAAUAUAUUCAACUCCCGAACAGUGCCUGGUGAGAUCUUACCUUAAUGGUCCCAGAAAGGAAAAUGGAGUAUGGCUGCCUGAGAGAAAGGUCUCUGUGCCUCAACUGGUGGGAGCUUUAUAUUCGGGGCUUUCUCCUGCAAAGAAAACUUUCAAAACAGAGUAAAGUUUCUAUAGCUUUCCAAAUACCAAAGAUGUUGGGAGGAGCACACUGCCCCAUAUAUUCUCAUCACGUGGGGGUAGAAUAUGUACGUGAACAUUCAAAGACCAAUAGGCCGAAGUGAAUUCCCUUAUGAAACUUGAGCAGCUGACAAAAACUGGUAUGUUAAAAAAAAUCAUGAAACUACAUGCCAGUCUGUCAUUUCUUUGGGGAUCUGGAGACCUUACUAUGUGGCAUUAUUUUCUGCAUGGGCAGAGCUAAGUUCUGGACCACUCCUGAAUGUGCAGCUUUCUUCUUUUUUUUUUUUUUUUUAUUUUUAUUAUUUGAAUGCAAGUUUGUUAGAAAUUUCCCUAUUAAGUUAAUAAAGAUGGAAUCAAUUUUUAAGAUACUAAAA